GAAACCAAAGUUAUUGAACGUUUAAAAUUAAGUUAGAAAUUGUUAACGUGUCAGAAACUCAUUUAAAAAGGGAUAGUUACCCCCUCAAACUUUAGUCUCUCACUUAAUCAUCCAGUGGAAUCAAUAGCGCGCCAUAGUAUUAAUCGGAAACUACUUUCAGUUGCAAAAACGGUUUGGUAGCUAAUUCCCGAAUUGCUUCUAUAAAAGUCAAAAAGAUUUUGAAAAGUGUUGUUCAUUUCCGAUUCUUUAUUAUUAGACCUUUGCCGUUGUUGAAUUCUUGUAGUAAGGAAAAUAAAUAUAAUGAACAAUUUAACUUUUAAAUAUUUGUUUGAGGCAUAAUUGGUGACAUUACAUGAAUUCAUUUUAUAAGCGCUCAACGAUAAUUCAUUCUCUUUGGACUGCUCCAAAGUUUGGAUUUUUAUAAGUAAAAGCGAACAGUUUGUUUUAAUUAUUAAAAUAAUUAUGGCUUGAAAAAGCAUUGAACCUUUAUUUAUUAAUUUUUUUUACUGAAAUGCUGGAUGGCAAAAUUAAUUAGAAGGCUGCCGAUUUUUCUAAUUUUGAAAGUUGGUAUUCUCUCAACUUUUUUAUUCGCCAUCAUAUGGGGAUUCUUAAUUACAUUUGAUAAAGAUGUCCUUGGUAUGUCUUCAUGCAAGUGUCCUACACAUGAUUAUGAAACAAGUAAGAAGAAUUUUUAAUAUUAACGUCCAUAAGUUACAUUUUAUGAAUCUAAAAUAUUAGUCUAAUGUUGCCUAUUUUAGUUGUUAAUUACCUAGCUUGGCUUAAACUUAGAUACUAUGGAAAGUUCCAAAGCCAAGGGCUACGACAUUACUGAUAUUGUCUAUUGUGACAUAUAUGUACUGCAUGUAUGGUGGGCUGUUUCAGAUUUAGCAGCCCACAUUGACUUUGUUAAGGUUAGGCAUAAGGAUCGAUUUAGGGUUCGGGUUAGGCUUAGGGAUAGAUUUAGGGUUCGGGUUAGGCAUAGGGAUAGAUUUAGGGUUCGGGUUAGGCAUAGGGAUCGAUUUAGGGUUCAGGUUAGGCAUAGUUUAAGACGUAAAAGUGCGCGCAUGGAAUAAACGCCGAAUUUCUCUGAAUUUACCGUAUGGUGUUCAUCCAUUAUGAUUGUGACUCUAUUAUGUUACUCAGUAACUUACUGGUUUGAAACCUCCUGAAUUAUUGUGCCUUGUUGCGUCACUUUGUCUUCACAAGUUUUGUAACGCAUCAUUUUGUAAUUAAACAUCUUUUUGUAAACUUCGUUUAAGAUUGUUUGACUGAUGAUGUCUGAAAAUCAGAACUUAUUAUCAUUAUGUUUUGGGUUAACAUCAGAAAGUAUUCUACCAUAACACCCAGAUUCAUCAGGCUAUUUAAAAUAGCAAAUAUUCCUUAUGCCCAAUACAAGUUUGGAAAUGACAUGCUGAUUUCAAGGCUGGUUAGCAUUGGUUGUAAAUGGCGUACUUACAUGUCAUCCAAUUACCAGAAAAAUGCCCAAGAAAUUUAUCAAAAUUAUUCAGUCAUCCAAGAGAUGUGCCAUAAAAAAUUCCAGGACCAUUGUCAUAUGUCUUAUUAGCUAUGUCAAUUAGCUAUGGUGUUUGCCAAGAGAGCAUAACAGAGAACCAGAAGGUGCAUCAGUUUGCUUUAAAAACUUUUCAUCUGCCUUUGACAUUCAACAGAAUUGUCUGUUCUAUAAUGCUCACAACUCUCUCAAAAGGAGACAGUUCUUGGCAGAAAGCCACACCAAUGUGUCUCAUAUACUCCUAUAAUCACCUGAACUAUUGUUUUGUAUGAUUGCUGUGUUUUCCAAAAUGAAGUUAAUGGGAUUAAAUUUUGAAACUUUUAGUUUAAAAAAAAUCUAAGCUGAGUGGCUUGUGCAAAUGAACAGUUGCUUCUUUUCAUAUCAACUAAGAACCUUUCUGUUGAAUCCUACACACUAGACUAACAAGGAUGGGAAAUAAGAUAAUGAAAAAAUAAUUAUAUCUUUUAAGAGUUGCCUCUAAAGCAUAUGCGUCUUUAACUUAUAAAAAUAUGUAUAUUAUUGUGCACAAAACAAUAAAAAAUAUUGUAAAUCAUUUGUAUGAUUAUUUUUUAUUUAUUUCAGUUUCUGAUACAAGAAAAAAAGCUCUUUCAAAUCAUAGACUUUGUAUUUUGGUACCGUUCCGGGAAAGGUUUGAAGAGUUAAUGGAAUUUGCACCACAUAUGAAGGAAUUUUUAAACAACCAACAUGUUGAUUACAAAAUUGUAGUUGUUAAUCAGUUGGACAAAUACAGGCAAGUAGUGAUAUGUAAUUGGAGUUUCUCAUGUUAACAAUGCUAUGCAAAUAAGAAAAAUAUGAGUGGAGAUUUUUAAAGCCAGGAAAAUUAGGAAAUAAUUAGUUCGGUUAAAAUAAAAAUGUAAAAAAAAAUCAUGUAAAGUAGAGUGGCACAAACAUUAUAUUAUGCACAGUGGGUUAGCUAGGGUUAGUGCAGCCAAAUUUUUGCCACCCCUUCAGCCGCCCCACCCUCACCCCUGCCUAUACUACUGAGCACACAUAUUCAAAAUGCAUCCGUUAAAUUUUAACAUUUUAUAUUUAGUUUUGGAUUUUUAUAUCAAGUAGAUUUAUGAAAUGUUUUAUUUUAUAGGUUUAACAGAGCUUCCCUAAUCAACGCUGGCUUCCUUGAGACCAGGAGUGAAUGUGAUUACGUUGCAAUGCAUGAUGUCGACCUUCUCCCACUGAGUAAUGAACUGGUUUAUGCUUUCCCCGAAGAAGGACAGCCUCUUCACUUGGCAGCUCCGCACCUGCAUCCAAUCUACCAUUAUAAGAAUUAUGCAGGCGGUAUAUUGCUAAUGCAGAGUUCUGACUUUGAAAAAGUAUGUUGGAAUGCGUUUUAUGUUACUGAAUGAGAAAUAAGGGGAAGUUUAAUGUUAUUUUAAUAUCCUCUGGUUGAAAUACUUUAUGGAAAUAUUUUUUUUAAAGUGAUCAUGAUAGUUUUAUUUCUCCUUAUUUGAAGAAUAAGAUAUAUUUUUUCCAUAUUUUAGCUGAUGCACUCCCAAACAGUACAGAAAGCAGACAACUUAAAUCAAUUUUAAAUUUUGAAACUUAAAAGUAUUGUGCAUGUAAUUGAAAGGGUUUUAUUUAUUUAAUUUUUUGCUUGUCUUUUGUUUCAGCUAAAUGGUCUUUCCAACAAAUACUGGGGUUGGGGAAGAGAAGAUGAUGAAUUUUUUGUACGAAUGAAAAAAGCAAAGUUUACAGUAAGCUAAAUUGUUUUAAUAGUUGCAACCUGUACUUAUAUAAUUAAAAUAUAUAUUGUUAUUUGUUAUUAAUCUUAAUGAAUACUUUGCAAUUAGACAUAAAUAUUGAAGGUAUUGUUUUUUAAUCAGUGCAACAUUCCAAUAGUCUCAAUAUUUUCAACUUUAACAAACAAAAAAAAAAAAAAAAUCAAGUGGAAAUAUUGCCAUUCAGUGCAAAAUAAGCUGCUGUGAAUUUCUAGAGCUAGUUUAUCCUAGGGUUGACAGUGACAGUAACAUGAUUCCCAGGUUCUGCAGUUUAGAGCCAGUUAAACCUAGCAAUCAACAGUGACAUAAUGCCCAGGCUUUACAGUUUAGAGCCAAUUAAACCUAGCAAUUGACAGUAACAUAAUGCCCAGGCUUUACAGUUUAGAACCAAUUAAACCUAGGAAUUGACAGUGACAUAAUGCCCAGGCUUUACAGUUUAGAACCAAUUAAACCUAGGAAUUGACAGUGACAUAAUGCCCAGGCUUUACAGUUUAGAACCAAUUAAACAUAGCAAUUGACAGUGACAUAAUGCCCAGGCUGUGCAGUUUAGAACCAGUUAAACCUAGCAAUCAACAGUAACAUAAUGCCCAGGCUGUACAUUUUAGAAUCAGUUAAACCUAGCAAUCAACAGUAACAUAAUGCCCAGGCUGUACAUUUUAGAACCAGUUAAAUCUAGCAAUCAACAGUAACAUAAUGCCCAGGCUGUACAGUUUAGAGCCAGUUAAACCUAGCAAUUGACAGUAACAUCAUGCCCAGACUCUUCAGUUGGAUGAAAUCUAAAAACUCUAGUUACAGCAGUUUACACAAAGAAGUGGCAAAACAUUUAUCCAUGAUUGUUUUUUGUUAAGCUAAAAAUUGCCCUCAGUAUAGAUACCGGUAUUGUAAAAAUUACCUUUCAGAUAACCAGACCAGGUAAUCUUACCACUGGCUACAAAUCAUUUAGGCAUGUACAUGACAGAAGAAAACGACCCAGAGACUACAAUCGAUAUUUUAAUCAAUCAGAGGUUAGUGUUGUUUUUUCUACAUUUUGUUUGGUGCGUGCAUUCUAAGCCAACAUUUUUGAUAAUACUAUGUGCACUAUUUUGUUGUUAUUUUUUCAUGGAUAAGUUUCUAGGUAUAAAAAUUAAUUCUUUUCCCUUUUUCACCCCUCUAUGUAACAUGGCUAAUGUAGAAGACCCGCAGGUUAGACAGAGAAACAGGUGUAACAACUGUGAAGUAUGCAGUGGACAAUGUUAAAGAACUUAUCAUUGAUGGCGCACCUGUGACAUUUAUAAACAUUUACCUGGAAUGCAAUGUUGAUGCCACUCCAUGGUGCCUACAGCUAGAAGACCACGAAUUCUACAUGAAAGGACUAGAAGAAAAAAAUAAGCUAAAGGACAUAAAGACAGAGAAAACAUAACUAAAAAAUAAGUUUAUGCAUUUACACUCCAUAUUUUUAUUUCUCUUUAUACCACCCA